CUGGAGAGAGUAAUGAUCGUGACGACGGUCGUGCGGACAAAUGAACACCUCGGCACAGCGUUUGGGAUAUUCCAAAGAUGUGAGGAAUGAUCACGUGGAUGAUGAUCGGGCUGCUUCUGGCUGCGGAAACUUGCGGCAGAAACGUCCUCUCCGGAAACGGAAACGGAAACGGAAAGGAGGAGACGAAGCGGCGGGAGGGCCUGAAGGGCGUCAGCGCGGACGAGGAAGACAUCUAUCGUCUAACGUGCUACACUUGCGUCAACGUCAGCGAUAACCAGAUGUGCAACGAAUGGGCGAUAGAUACACCAUGUCCGGCGGGCGGCCGUGAUUUUUGUCGAUCGCUGCACAUUUUGGAUAGCCGGGGGAACAGUGUCUUGGUAAGCAAGAGUUGCGCCAGCAGCAAGGAAUGCGGGCCAGCGUCGGUCGGUUGCAUUCCCGUGGACACGCAGCAGGUUUGCAUAAGUUGCUGCGACCUGAGCUACUGCAAUAUCGAGUCGCCCACCAACGCUACCAAUGCGAUCUAUUCCCGCAAACGGCGCGCCAAGUCGAAAUCGAAGCGCAAACGACCCGGGAGAAAUGGGAUCGAUGCGGCGACGCGACUCUACGGGUCCAGCUUGCUCUGGCUUCCCGCCUCGCUCUUCUAUGCAUAUCAUUGCUGAGGAAGCAGCAACACUGAUAAACCGCGCACAUACGCAUACACACACACACACACACACACACACACACACACACACACACA